GAGGUCUUGCUAUGUUGCCCAGGCUGGUCUUUAAAUCCUGCUUCAAGUAGUCCUCUCGCCUUGACCUCUCAAAGCACUGCAAUUACAGGCAUGAUCUACAAGUGUUUUUUAUAGUGCUUGCAUAAGUAAUCUUUUGGUUCUCUGUUAAAAAGAGAAAGUGACUUUAAAGGCAGUUUAUGGGAAGAAAGAACUCAUGAUCAGUGGCCAUGGCAGUUAAGUUUUAAGCUCAAAAUGUGUUCCUCUUGGGAAAAGGAAUUCAUUUUCUUCUAAUCUGGUUUUAUCUUGAUACUAUCAAUUUAGCAUGUGCCGCAGAGAAUUCAAGUUGUCGUACGUGUGUUGCAAUUUUUAUUUCUCAGGAGAGGGUGAAUUUCAGCUAUUUUUUGAGUUCAUGUUGAAGGAAUUUUAGGGAUUAUAUAUAUAAGAACGUCUGAAGGUAAUUGAAGGCCCUGCCAUGACAUUAGUUUUUCUCACACUUGUGGAGUGAAAUGUAUGGAUACCAUAUAUUAAAAGUAAUGGCAAAAACCGCAAUUACUUUUACAGCAACCUAGUACAAAGGUACAUUUACAAAUUGCUGAAGCCCAAGUACCAGACAAGGGUUCAUCAGAUUUUAGGAAUCCGUUAAUGUUUUCUUCACCAAAUUCCAGGACUAAAAAAGGAAAAGAAUUGGGGCAAUCCCUUGUAGUUUUGUGUGUAAAGAUUUGACCUGUAUUCCAAAGAUCUUGAUUUUUAUUUCUAAUAAAAGAAAAAUGUUUUCUUUGUGAACCCACAGAAUCCUAUUGAUUCUGUAGCAUUGUUCUCCUUUUUCAGAUGAAGUAUAUUAGUGUCAGAAGUCAAAAUUGAGCUGCUUUUGUCCUCAGGUUGGGCUUUCUCAUUUGAAUAUGCCUAGGAAUUCAGUGCAAGAGUUCUGAGGGUUUAUGGCUGCUCGUUAUCAUUACUUUUUUUUCUUGUAUUAAAGCAAGGAUACAUCCCUAAUCUGCGUCCCACCUCCCCUUGUCAUCUAUACAUUAAGUCCUACAUUUGGCUGUUGUAGGUAACCAUCCCUCACUUGCUGUGGGUAGAAUUUUGCAAGAUUGCAGAGUAAGACCUGUCAGCUGACACUGGCUCACAUGAGAGCCAUUAAGAGGGUGGUGUGGCCAAUGUCAGAGCAACCUUGCAGCUGAAGGCAAGUCACUGCAUUGCCCAGAGCCAUAUGAACAGGUCUUGUGACCAAUUAAUCGACUACUACAUAAUCUCCAGCUAGGGAGCACAGAUGGAGUGAGUCAGUCCAAGCUGCUCAACCUGUUAAGUGUCUUGUCUUUGCUAACUGGAGUGUAAGCUUAGGAACAAAAGUAGGACUUGUCUAUGUUUGUAAUAGGAUUGCAGACAGCGUGUUUUAUGAUGUGAUAGAUGGAUCUGACUUCCUAAAUUAUUGGCAGGCUUAAUUUAUGUAACAGAUGAAUGCUCCACCUUUUUUUUUUUUUUUUUUUUUUUAACCUGUGAAAGGGGAAAUUAGUACACUGCUGCCAAGUAGCUUUUCUUACAUACUGUGAAGGGAGUGAAAUGAUUGUUUAGAACUGCUGGUCAUUACGGAAUAUUCCUCACGUAACAAAGGAACUUCAGGAUUUGUCUCCAAGUCCAUGUUGAUGGUCAGGAUAAACCGGAAGAACAUUAAACCGCUCAGGAGAUGUGUGGCGGCACAGCGAAGACCACAAACCAGCCAGGGAACUGGCAAGACUCUGCCAGAUGUGUGAGUGAUGCCGUUCCUGGUGAUGGGAGGAUUUACAGGGCGCUUUUACGCACAAAGAUUAAAAAACACGCCGGGGUAGACAGGAGCACUGACCACACGGAACUCGACAACAGUUGGUCAUGUUCGGAGUUUGACCUGAAUGAGAUUCGCCUGAUAGUUUACCAGGACUGUGACAGGAGAGGCAGACAAGUCUUGUUUGACUCUAAAGCUGUUCAAAAGAUUGAGGAGGUGACAGCUCAGAAAACAGAGGAUGUUCCUAUUAAAAUAUCAGCCAAGUGCUGCCAGGGAAGCAGCAGUGUCAGCAGCGUGAGCAGCAGUAGCAGCAGCAGCAUCUCUUUCCACAGUUCUUCUGGGGGAUCUUCACACCAUGCUAAGGAACAGCUUCCAAAGUACCAGUACACACGACCAGCUUCCGAUGUCAACAUGUUGGGGGAAAUGAUGUUUGGCUCAGUUGCCAUGAGUUACAAAGGCUCCACCUUAAAGAUACACUACAUACGUUCUCCUCCACAACUGAUGAUUAGUAAAGUCUUCUCUGCUAGAAUGGGCAGCUUCUGUGGAAGUACAAAUAACUUGCAAGACAGCUUUGAGUACAUCAACCAAGAUCCUAAUUUGGGAAAACUGAACACAAAUCAGAAUAGUUUGGGUCCUUGUCGUACUGGAAGUAACCUAGGUCUGCUGCAAGCAUGCAGCAGCAAACUGCUGCAGGGGGUAGCUGAAGGAGGACCUCUCCGGCUCACCCGGAGUGCUUCUUUCUUUGCAGCACACAGCACACCAGUUGAUAUGCCAAGCAGAGGACAGAAUGAAGACAGGGACAGCGGCAUUGCUCGAUCAGCCUCACUAAGCAGUCUUUUGAUCACACCUUUCCCAUCUCCAAGUUCCUCUACAUCUUCUUCCAGCAGUUACCAGCGUCGCUGGCUUCGAAGUCAGACAACAAGUUUGGAAAAUGGCAUCAUUCCAAGGAGGUCAACUGAUGAGACAUUCAGCUUGGCUGAAGAAACCUGUAGUUCUAAUCCAUCUAUGGUUAGGAGGAAGAAAAUUGCCAUAAGCAUCAUCUUUUCUCAUUUUCCCCUGUUUGAAUCUCACAUGAACAGGCUGAAGAGUGCAAUUGAAAAGGCUAUGAUCUCCUGUAGGAAAAUAGCAGAAUCAAGUCUCCGAGUCCAGUUUUACGUCAGCCGUUUGAUGGAAGCUCUGGGAGAAUUCAGAGGAACUAUCUGGAACUUAUAUUCUGUUCCAAGGAUAGCUGAACCUGUAUGGCUUACCAUGAUGUCUGGCACUUUGGAAAAAAACCAGCUCUGCCAGCGCUUUCUCAAGGAGUUUACGCUUCUGAUAGAACAGAUCAAUAAAAACCAGUUUUUUGCUGCCUUACUGACUGCAGUGUUAACCUACCACCUGGCCUGGGUCCCAACUGUCAUGCCUGUGGAUCACCCUCCCAUUAAAGCCUUCUCAGAGAAACGUACCUCCCAGUCAGUGAACAUGCUGGCCAAAACACAUCCAUAUAAUCCUCUCUGGGCACAGCUGGGUGAUCUUUAUGGAGCCAUAGGCUCUCCAGUGAGACUGACUCGCACCGUAGUGGUAGGGAAGCAGAAGGACUUGGUCCAGCGAAUACUUUAUGUCCUGACCUACUUUCUCCGUUGCUCUGAGCUACAAGAGAACCAGCUGACCUGGAGUGGCAAUCACAGUGAAGGUGACCAAGUUUUAAAUGGGAGCAAGAUCAUAACAGCCUUGGAGAAAGGAGAGGUGGAGGAGUCCGAGUAUGUGGUCGUUACGGUGAGGAACGAGCCCGCUCUUGUACCCCCCAUCCUACCACCAACAGCAGCUGAGAGACAGAACCCCUGGCCGGCAGGGUUUCCUGAGAGCCCAGAGGGCACUGACAGUAGAGACCUGGUUCUUAAACCUGACAAAGAAGCUAACCGGAGGCCAGAGCAGGGUUUUGAGGCUUGCAGCACAGGAUGCCAGGGGCCAGCAUCAGGUGCUUCCUGGAAACCUCAGAAUGCAUUUUGUGGGGAUGAAAAAAAUAAAGAGGUACCGCAAGAUGGCUCUUCAAGACUUUCCAGCUGUGAAGUUUCGGGGGCAGGAAUGAAGAUGGACCAGCAAGCUGUCUGUGAGCCGUUGAAAGUGGAGAUGUCUACGAGACUGCCAGACCGGUCAGUGGCCUGGCCUUGCCCUGACAGACAUCUUUGGGAGAAACCUCCCAUAGAAAAGGUCACUUUCCAGAUAGGAAGCUCCACAUCUCCAGAGUCUGACUUUGAAAGCCGCAUGAAAAAAAUGGAGGAACGGAUGAAAGCCUGUGGCCCCUCCUUGGAGGCCAGGGAGGCCGCUGACACAGCUCAGGACCCGCAGAUUUCUAGGAGCCCUUUCAAACCUGGCUUUCAGGAGAAUGUCUGCUGUCCUCAGAAUCGGCCUUCAGAGGGGGAUGAAGGCGAGUCUGACAAGGGUUUUGCAGAGGACAGAGGCAGCAGAAACGACACAGCAGCAGAUGCUGCCGGGCAGCUCAGCCACACUGCCGACUUGGGCGCAGCCUCCCACCGCGUAGCAGGAACUGCCCCGGGGAGGCUGGAGGCGGCUACAGGUUUGUAUGUGAAGGCUGAGGAAGGACCUGUGCUGGAGCCUGUUGCCGCCAGCUGUGUCCAGCGGGGCCCUGGCCUCGUGGCUCCUGCAAAUAUCCCCUGUGGGGAUGACAACAAGAAGGCCAACUUCAGGACUGAAGGAGACAUUCCCCGAAAUGAAAGCUCGGAUAGUGCCCUGGGAGACAGUGACGAUGAAGCUUGCACUUCAGCCAUGCUAGAUCUGGGUCACGGUGGUGACAGGACUGGAGGGUCCUUGGAAGUGGAGCUGCCUCUGCCAAGGUCUCAGAGCAUCAGCACCCAGAACGUAAGGAACUUUGGCCGCUCACUUCUGGCGGGCUACUGCCCCACAUACAUGCCUGAUCUUGUGCUUCAUGGGACCGCCAGUGACGAGAAGCUGAAGCAGUGCCUGGUGGCCGACCUCGUCCACACGGUCCAUCAUCCAGUCCUGGAUGAGCCAAUAGCUGAAGCUGUCUGUAUUAUCGCAGACACGGAUAAAUGGAGUGUGCAGGUAGCUACAAGUCAGAGGAAAGUGACGGACAACAUGAAACUAGGCCAGGAUGUCCUAGUCUCUAGUCAGGUGUCCAGUUUGCUUCAGUCCAUUUUACAGCUCUACAAGCUUCACCUCCCUGCUGAUUUUUGCAUCAUGCAUCUUGAAGAUAGACUACAGGAGAUGUACCUUAAAAGCAAAAUGCUGUCUGAAUAUCUCCGGGGACACACACGAGUCCAUGUGAAAGAAUUAGGUGUCGUACUGGGGAUUGAAUCCAACGACCUGCCUCUGUUGACUGCUAUUGCCAGUACUCAUUCUCCUUAUGUGGCUCAAAUACUCUUAUAAGCUAAAGCUCAGGACAGUUCUUCCUUGGAAGAAAAAAAUCAAAUUCUCAACUGAAGGAGAAAGGAAUAAGCUCUCUGUGAUGUCGAAAGCAUGAGCAGAGCAAACAGAAACAAAGUCAUUCCACCUUUUUGUUUUGUGUUUUUGCUGUCAAGCUGAUGCUUCAUUGAAGACUUAGGUUUACUUAACAUAAUGGCAUUUGUGAUUGUCAUGAACACUUCAGGCCAUUUGUUACCCAUGAAUCAACAAAGAGACUGACCUUUUUGGUGGGAGGAAACAUAAGCACUACACUAAACAUUAAGCUGUUGCAACAGAUCGCCUUGUGCUGUUUGGGCAGAAUAAAGGCAAGCGACUUGAGCGGGGUGGUCAGCAGUGUACGUAACAUUCCAGUAGGAAACUGCUUCUGAGUUUAAGCAUGAGCUCCCCAAACUGGGGAAAACAUAUUUUGCUAUUCUGAGACAACAGUCGGAACACGGACUUUGGAUUCCAGGUCACAGUUUGCUUUUUACACAAGGUAAAGCAAAGAAAGCCACAUUGUGCCAUCUUCAGCUCCAGUGGCUGUAGCAGUGACUGUUUGACAUAAAACUUGUAAGAGAUUUGCUUGUUGGGAAGAGUGCUUUAGGGACCCACUGUUUUCAUUUCUUCUUGGAGUUUACCUUGUUUCAGAUGCAGCCACAGGUAGGUGAGAGAUGGAUUGUUGGUGCAAUAAACCCAAGAAUCAAUGUAGCCUCUUAAUCCCAUCAAGAUGUAGUUUGUAACAGCAAAGUGUACAGUCUGAAACCAUAUGUUUUAUCCUUAUAUUUUAGAGCUUUCAGCAGCCUUUUUAAGAGAGGCCAUUUACCAAAGUUAUUUCUAUAAGCUCCACAGUGUUUCUGUUGGUAAGUUCUUCCAACUGAAGCCACUUUUUUCUUAUAGUUAAUACAAAUGACUAUUUUUACUUUAAAAGGCACAGCUGUCCUGGUGGGAAAUGAACCUGCAGCAGUUCAGGAUGACUCAUGAACAUUCAGGAUGAUUGCUUGAACAUUUAGAAAAAAUCCAUACAUCCUCUAAAUUUUUAUAUUAUCAUUUCUGUGCCUUCUAAUUCCUGCAUCCUUUUCAAAACAUCUUUCCAGAAAUUAACUUACCCAUUGUAUAAAACCAACCAAAAUGAUUUCCCAAAGUUCAUACAAAAAAAAAAAACUUAAUUUUCUGUUAAUAUAAAAGAAACUUUAGCUUACUGACCAUGAAACAGACUAUGUACUGACAUCCAGGGUAAAGUAAAAGACUUUUAAAUAUUGGUCAUUAAAAGACAGGAGCUAAAGCUAGCAAAGCAAAAACAUCUUUAGCACUUUGCAGAUCUUAAGCAGUUAACCAGGUUCUGAUUCCCUUCCACUGUUUUAUGAAUUAAUUCCAGUUCUUUUCACGUGUCUUUGAACCUAAGAAUAUGAAGUAAUUUCCCUAUUAGGGAAUAGAAUGACUUCAAUUUUUUUAUUUGAUAAAAAUCAGAACUACUACCUUUUCAUCUUUUUUUAAUGAUGCAAAAUGUAGAUGAGUGCAUUAAGGUUUGUAAGAUCUUCAUCAUUUUAUGUCAUUCAUUGAAAAUUGAAAUGUUCAGUCUUUUUAAUGUUUUCCUGUUUCCUUUUGCCUAGCAUUUGACUUUGGUGUUUUAAGUUCUGUAGUUUCAUGACAUCAUUGUUUGCUGUUGUGUUACAGAGAGAGAAAGAACCUCACCUGUGGCUCAGCUCAUCCCACAUCCGUUUCUCAUUACGUGUAAAUAAACUGUCAGAGCUGAUGUUACAGCUUUUACAGUUUAAAGCAUUCCCCUCCUCUCUACUUCCUUUUUUCUUGUUUACAUGUUUUGGGCACUUUCCCUCAUUCACCACCUUCCAGGGUUUCAUAGAAAAUAACUUGUUACAAAAUCAGUUUAAUUCUAAUGUGGACAUAGUGGCAUGUUGAUAAUUAGACACAUAUAGGGGACACUGAGCUUUAAAUCGUUGAUUCUAAACUCUAUACAUUGAAAAAAUUCAGCCCAGGCCCCCUCAAAGCCUGAGAAAAUUUAAUUUGCUCUUAAUCUAAUGUUCCAGAAACUCACUCUUGCAAAAAUGCCUGUUGGAAAACUACAGGUGGGUCACGUGUGGGGGCUGUCUCCGUGACACUCAGGAUUCCAGUCAGAACCUAAUCCUCGUAUCUAUUGCCUACAAAAAUAGACCAAGAAUGUUGCUGCUAUUUUAUAAUCCUUUAAAUAUUUAACAUUCAAGUUUUCUUUGUCUUAAAUUCAACCUCUUCCUAAAAGCGAAAAAAAAAAAAAAAAAACCCACAGAAUGGUGUUGCGAUCCACCGCUCACACAUCGUGCACCACCCAGUGGCUUCAUUCUGGCUUAGCCGCAGAGGCAAGAAAAGGACCCCACCCGCUCCCAUGCCCACCUCAAGAAAAAAACAUAAAACAAUUUUUUUAAAAAAAGAAAAGAAAUCUACCUCAGUUGACAGGAUUCCACCUUUAGGGUUUCUUCAACUUUUAAGUCUUACCUGUUGAGUGUAACUUUUGUAGCAUCUUGCUUUUCUAAGCAAGCUAGUGAGGCAUGACAGAGCAGAAGUCUGUAAAUGUCCCUGUGAUGGACCUCUUUCUAGCAUGUUGCAGUUGUAUUUUUAAUAAAUUGAUAAGUGAAAUGAAUGUAAAGGUAAUUGUGUACGUUUUAGACAUGACAAUGAAAAUUUAAAAUGUAGCUUCCAUACUUGUGCAUAAUUCCAAAGUAUUUUAUUUUUUAUCAGUGUUAAAUAGCUUUUUGUACAGGCUUCAAUCCAUUUUUCUGAAUUGUGCUGUUUUUUAAUGAAAGUAACUAUAAUCUUUUCACAUCCCAUGGAACUGCCGUUUACACAUUGCAACUUUUUAAACUUAACCAUAUUUUUCAAAAUUAACGUUUUUGGAGGGAGAAAAAUCCCCGCUUGCUAAAUGAUACUAAACCAUUGUUUGGGCUCUUAUAAUUAGGUCCUGAGAUUUUAUAAAAAUUUAGUCUGUAGCUUUUUAGGUUCUUCACUAGAGAUGGUUGUACAUAAAAAUAAAGAAUAUAAAGUACCCCAAAUUCUUUUAAAUGUCUGGAUUUUUCCACCAAUAUGUACUUUAGAGAAUAUUUUGUUCAUGCAUACUUUCACGUUAAAUUGAAAAUGUCUUCAGCUUCUCUUGGUAAAUGUGAACCAUUUGUUUUUUAUUGUGCUUGGGGGAGAGGGUAUUUUAAUAUAAUUUUUGCCUAAAUCAAGCAGUCCCCUCUGAAUGUUAAUUUUUAAAUGUCAAAAUAUGAUGAACCAUAUAUCUUGAAAGUGAGAUUGCAAUAUGCUUAAACUUAAGUGAUAUUUCAAAAACGAGAAAAUUCUGGAAUUUGUUAUUUGAAGCUCCAUAAGAGAAAUUGAUAGGACUUCGUUUUUGAUCAGUUUGAAUAGAUACCAAUGUCAUUGUGUGGGAAUUUUUUUAACUUGUUUAUGUAUUAUUUUGAUCCAUUUUUCUGUGGCAUUUGGUGCAAUAAAACUUUUGAAUUUAUCUUGAA